ACAACAGAAAAAUGCACUUUCAAUUUCUCACUCUCUCGCGAUAUGCCUCUUCCUCCCACCGCCGUAAGUUAGUCUUCUUCCACGGCGGCGCAUCCUCCCCUUCACCGCAAAUCGGAACUCGACACUCUCUCUCAAGUCUCAAUCGACCACACUGUCUCUGGUGUGUGUGCGUGUGAAAAAUGAGGCCCACAAUGAUGCUUAGGGCUCUGAAUAAGCAGUUUCUUGGAAUGGUUGGCGAUGCAGCAAAUACUGUCACUAAGAAGCCUCCCCCACCUCCUCUGGUGUCACGCAAACCAGCGUUCAUUGAUGCAUUCUUGUACAAGAUGAAGAAGAACCCAAAUCUUUUGUCAAACAAGACCAUUUGGUCACGUAGAUCCACUAUCUUGCCAGAAUUUGUUGAUACCAGUGUCAAGAUUUACAAUGGAAAAACCACUAUUCGUUGUAAGAUUACCGAGGGAAAAGUGGGUCAUAAGUUUGGGGAGUUUGCUCUCACCAGGAAACGCAAAACCAGAGAACAAGCCAAUGCCAAAAAUGUUAAACAACUUAAGAAAAAGAAGUGAUUUUAUUUUGGACAAUGAUAAUUUCAUUGGUCUUUUAUUUUCUGCAACUGUUUACAGCAAUCUGGUUGUUUCUUAGGUUAUCUAGAUUGCUUUUGAAGACACAACAGUUUUCUCAGAAUAUUGGCAACGAGGAUCUUCCUGAAAUUUGACGGUGGUUGCUGUGGAAUUGGUUCUUUGAUUAUCUCUGAAGUUUCCAUUUCCUAUAUAAUUUAACUUGUGGAUGAUAGAUCACUGAUUGAUCAAUUUAUGUUUAUCACUUGAUUUGAUAGGACCUAGAUUUUAUAGUUGUCGCUGUUUAUGCUGAAUGGCCCCUGCAAUUGCAUUGGGAUGUCAUCAUCAUGGCCAGGAACAUUACAUGAUUUUGAAAUGCUCCACUGUGGGUGUCCUUUAAGGUGAAUGGAAAGAAAUAUUAAUUUUA